UCUUUGAAUGAAACAUCCGGCGCGGGAAGGCGUUCUGAAAAUAUCAACAAAUGCUUUGUCCACAUAAUAAUCAUCACAUCGACAGAAUUGUGAUUAAUUAAUGCAUCAGUUAGGAUCCUCACGGGUCUUUUUACUAUGUCAACAAGAGGCAUAAAAUUCCAAUACACCGUAGGAGAAUGCGUCCUCUGUUUCGAACCUGAUCCAACAAAAGCCAGAGUUUUAUACGACGCGAAGAUUCUAGACCAAACUGUUAUCAAAGACCCCAAGAAUGGAGGAAAAACACCAGCUUACCACAUUCACUUCCAAGGUUGGAAUAACAGCUGGGACCGCGUUGUGGUUGAAAACCACAUUCUAAGGAAUGAUGAGGUCAACAGAGUAUUGAUGAAAAAGUUGGCUGACAUCACAAAAAGAUAUCGCAUCAACAGAGCCAGAAAUCAUAGAAUUGACCAGAUUUUAAAGGAAGCCUUUAAAGGGAAGCCCCCAUUGAUGGACUAUAGCAGUGACUUCAGCGAUGAUAAUGAUGAUUGUGAUGACGAUGACACAGAAGUGGACACUGAAGAUGGAGACGAGACAGAUGAGACAGACAAAGAAAAUGAUCGGGUGAAAGACAGAUCAACCAAUGGGGACGCAGAUGUUGAUAGUGUAGAUGGUAGUGAGAGUAGUAGUCGAGGCAGUGGUAAAUCUGAAGACAGGAAGAAGCAGACUGUAGAACUGGACAUCCCUGAAGUACUGAAGGAAGUUUUAGAAGGAGAUUACAUAGCUAUCAACAAAGAAUCUCUGUUAGUACAACUCCCAGCUGACACAAAUAUAGUUAACAUUCUGGAGGGUUUUGUGAAGACAUUCUGUAUAAAUCUGCUGUGUGGUACCCCGGAGAAGGGGAAGGCUGGAGCCACAACACACAUACCUUUUGACAGAAAUAUACCCCUUUGUAAAGAGUUGGUGGACGGAUUGAGGAUCUGUUUUGACCACACCUUACCACUAGUCCUACUGUAUGCCUCGGAGAGGGACCAGUACAAGAAGCUGCUUCAGAACAAAUUUAGACCCAACCCAGAGUCAAAAACAAACAGCCUUCAGUCACCACUGAUAAAGACUCCAAUGUCAAAAGUAAAACAGUUCCAAGGUUCAGUUUCUACGACCCCAGGAACUGGAGAUUCCUCACCCAAAAUUCCAAAACUCUCGCCAAAAGUGUUUAAGCGUGAGAAGAUUGAGUUUGAUGUUGCUCCAAAAUCAGAAGAGGUAACUCCUCGUAGACUGACCCGCCAGGCAGCGCAGGACUCUGCCAAGAAAUAUCAGACAUUUCCGCAGGAAGCAACCUCAUCUACAGAUGAAUUGGACAUUGAAAGACGUGGGGAGGUUACUCCAAACAAAAGACGUGAGACUAGACGGAGAAAGUGCAGUGAAAAUUCUAACUCCACUCCAGUCGCUAUAAAGGUUGAGUGUGGUUUUGAGGGUGGAGAGGGGGGAGGUUCAGGAGUAGUGUCCCGCCGAGCCGACCCACCACCACCUCUCCUUAUCCCAAGUGUCAUCUCAAACCAGGCAUCUGGACAGGGAAGUGUGGACAGUAGUGGGGACAGUGUCCAGCCAACUGGACGUGAAAAUAUUGUAGAGAGCGUGCUGGCCUGGAAUCUUCUCCCUGAUAAAGAAAUAAUCAAGAUUCCACCUUACCCUUCUCUAAUAUAUGGGGCUCAUCACCUCCUCCGACUCUUUGUGAAGCUUCCAGAACUGAUUCUUGGCAUGGAUAUGGAGGAACAAAAGCUGAAGGCCUUACAGACUCUGCUGGAACAUUUUAUUGAUUACCUGGUGGAAAGAAAAGACGAUUUGUUCCCAGACGUGUCCUAUGAGUCACACUGAGUCAGAAAAGACAAUUUGUUCUCAGACGUGUCCUAUGAGUCACACUGAGUCAGAAAAGACGAUUUGUUCCCAGACGUGUCCUAUGAGUCACACUGAGUCAGAAAAGACGAUUUGUUCCCAGACGUGUCCUAAGAAUCACACUGAGUCAGAAAAGACGAUUUGUUCCCAGACGUGUGCCAUGAGUCACACUGAGUCAGAAAAGACAAUUUGUUCCCAGACGUGUCCCAUGAAUCACACUGAGUCAGAAGAGACGAUUUGUUCCCAGACGUGUCCCAUGAAUCACAUUGAGUCAGAAAAGACAAUUUGUUCCCAGACAUGUGAGUCAGAAAAGACAAUUUGUUCUCAGACGUGUCCCAUGAGUCACACUGAGUCAGAAAAGACGAUUUGUUCCCAGACAUGUCCUAUGUGUCACACUGAGUC